AUGUGCAGUGAAAUAAGAAAACAUCCGGAACUUGCCUCUAAUAAACAAAUUUUUGGAGAGAACAAAAAUAAAACAGACGAACUUUGGGCUGAAAUAUGCUCAAAGUUGAAUGCAGUUGGUCCUCCCUCAAGAGAAAUUGUAGAGUGGAAAAAGGUUUGGUCCGAUUUGAAGGGCAGAACAAAGAAGAAAAUUGUUGCCAACCACAAAUCAUUAAUUACCACGGGUGGUGGUGCAUUUCAUUCUGAAACGUUAUCGGCAUUGGAGGAAAUGGUGGAUGAGGCAGCAAAUAUAAGAAGUGCUGCCAUUCCUGACGGUGAAGGUUUACAUUAUCAUUAUCAGAAACGUUAA